UUUCCCCGACUCCCUAAUUAAAAGCAGCACAACAGCAAAACCCUUUUGUGCGAACUUUGGCAACUCAAACCAGUAAUUUCUUGAAAUCAUAGAGAGAUUUCUCCUUCUGUAUCCAUUGAUGAUGAAGCAUUUGCAGAAGCUGACAGCUCCAUUCAUUCUCAAAUGGGGUUAUGUUUUUAACAAUUCUAAACCCAUUUUUGGGUCCUUCCAAAAGGUUAGGUUUUAUGCAUCUGCUAAAAAACCUAAAUUGAAACAAGAAGAAGAAGAAGAAUGUCAUAUACCUCGUGCAGUGAAGAAAGAAGCACAAGCUGUUUUGCUAGACUACUUGCAUUCCACUAGAAGUUUGCAGUUUAUGGAUGCUGAACAUAUGAGUAAAAACUCACCUUUUUUUCUUUCCAACUUAUUACAAAGAAUUGAUAAUGAAAAUGAUAUUAGACGUUCUUUAACUCGAUUCUUGCGAUAUCAUCCAAUCAAUGAAUUUGAACCAUUCUUUGAGAGCAUUGGUCUGAAACCUUGUCAGUACUUGCCAUUUCUUCCUAGAGAUCUCAUGUUUUUGAAUGAUGAUCAUAGGUUGCUUGAUAACUAUCACAUCUUGUGUAAUUAUGGUAUUUCAAGAAAUAAGAUAGGAAGGAUUUUUGCUGAAGCUCCAGAAAUUUUUAGAUAUGAUUCUGGAGUUUUGGACUUGAAGCUUGCUUCUUUUCACGGGGUUGGGAUAGAUCAGUCUAUUGUUGUUAAGCUUGUUAGUGCAAGUCCUUAUCUUUUGAUUGGGAAUGUACACAAGGAAUUUUUUCAAGUUGUUGAGGAAUUAAAGAAAACAGGAGUUGAAUAUAGUUGGAUUGAGGAGCAAUUGAAUGGAGAUUCUAUUGAUUGGAGCCACUUAUUCGAGCUCAUAUGCUUCUUGAACGGGUUGGGCUUGACUGAUCAACAAUUAGGAAAAUUAAUUUGUCAAGUUCCUGGUCUUCUGUUUGAUUGUUCCGGUCGUACUACAUUUUCGCUAAUUGGAUUCUGGUUGAAAUUUGGUAUUCAGAUACCCAAAUUACUUGAUGUAUUUCUACACUUGCCACAAAUUCCAAUAACCACAUUUGUUUUCAAUAUGAGGCAAUGCUACCUGUUCUUGAUUGAAAUUGAGAUGCCUGUCUUAGAGAUUGGAACUAUUAUUCAUUCAUACCCUACAUUGCUAGGCUCGUGUGUUUUGAAGAAAGCUACAAGCUUGUUAACUACCCUGAAUACAGGGAAGAAGCGGCUUUGUAGUGUGAUCAAGGAGAAUCCAGAAUUUUUGAGGAAUUUGGUUCGUGGAGCCAAAGUUGAACGGUUACCAAUAGCUGAGGAGGAGCUAAGAUCCAAAAUGAUGAAAACUAAGUUCCUUUUGGAUUUGGGUUUUGCUGAGAACUCGAGUGGAAUGGAGAAAGCUCUCAAAUUAUUUCGAGGGAAAGGGGUGGAGCUCCAAGAGAGGUUUGAUUGUUGGUAAAUGCUGGUUUGGAUCGAAAGCAUGUUGCUUCAGUGCUGAAAAUAUAUCCGACAAAUACUCAAUCAAAGGAAAGAGGUACUUGAGGCAAAGAUUGAUUUUCUAUUGAAUAAUUUGGGUCUUCCACUGUCUACUUUAGUUUCGUUUCCAUCCUACCUAAACUACACAAUUCCAAGAACCACAAUUAGGCUUUCAAUGUAUAAUUGGCUCAAAGAUCAAGGAAAAGUGGACCCAACAUUGUCUUUGAGCACUAUCAUAGCUUCCUCAGAGAAAUUAUUCAUGAAGACUUAUGUAAAUCCUCAUCCUAAAGGCCUUGAAGUCUGGCAAGAUCUGAAAAGAGAGAUAUAUCCUGAUUAGGUGAGAUAUCCUGGGUCGUUCCAUCUGGUAGCGUUGACAAAAGGAAGUCUAAAGCUUGAAGUCUCUUUAAAGCACAAUCUCCUGCUUAAGUUAAGAUGAGUACCAGUUCUAAAUGUGUUAACUUUGAGUGAAACGAAAAGGAGCAGGCUGCAAGCAUCCAGUUUUUUUCAUUAGUGGAUCAUGGUCUCAGUUUUGCUAUUCAACAAGUGCGACUGUUCACUCUCAGAACCCUCUCUUGUCGUACUACUUCAUCAAAUCACGGGGAUUCUCCAGAUAUGAAGCAAAUGCUGCAGCUGCCAAGUUGAACAGCGUGAAAGCACCUAAGAAUCCUGAUUUGGUAAUCAAAUUCUUCCAAGAGAUGGGUUUAGAACGGACAGAGAUCAAGAAAUUAGUUUCUAUUACACCGAGACUGUUUUUUUCUGAUAUAAACAGAACCCUUAAACCCAAGUUUCAGUGUCUGCGAGAAAUGAGGGUAUCUGGAUCUGACCUAGUUGAUCUCUUCCUAGCAGACGGAAAAGCUUUGUAUAAUGCAGUAGGUUCUCAUUUGAGGUCUAAUUUGGAUUUUCUAAGGAAACUAGUUAGUAAUGAGGAAAGUUUGGUUAAACUUAUAAAGAGGUCACCUUAUUUACUUGCUGUGAAUGGUCCAAAAAGAUUUGAACCCAAAAUAUUGUUGUUGCAAAAUUUUGGUUUUUCAAAUGCCCAAAUCGAGAAACUUAUACUUCAGAAACCACGUAUACUUCUGCAAAAAUUCGAGUGGCUAGAGGAGAUAUUGCACAAAGCUGAAAAGGAUUUACAGAUUUCUCCCACAUCUGGAAUGUUCAUGUUCGGAGGCUUGCAGUUAUCGCACUAGGUAAGUCAACAGUGGAAAACAAAAUGGGAGUUUUCAGGAGUUGUGGAUGGUGUGAUCAGGAUAUAUUGACUGUGUUCAGAAAGCAACCUCUUUGUUUGGCUAUGUCAGAAGCUAGAAUUCUGCGAGCUUUGGACGUUUUCACUAGGGUACUCGGAUGCAAACCAGAAUACUUGAUUAGUAAUCCUGCGCUUCUAAUGCUUAGCCUGGACAAGAGAGUGAUUCCUAGAAAUCAAGUACUGAAAGUUUUAGAGGAGAAGAAGCUGAAUCAGAAAGUAUCUUUUUCUCGAACUAUGUAUAUAUCUGAACCUAUGUUUCGUUCAGAAUUCGUGCUUCCUUACAAGGAUGAGAUACCUAAUCUAUAUGAGUCAUAUGUGACAUGUGUGAGCCGUUAGAGUCAUGAUGAUCAGUCAAAUGAGGUGCGAUUUUCAUCUUUAUGGGAUCCAGCUAGGGCAUUCACACCAAGGCUCAUAUUGAAAGCCACGGGAGGUUCCAAGUGAAGACCAAGAUCCUUUGGAGAAAUGAAGGUCCCGAGAUGGACUGAAAUUGGAACUUGCUGGACCAAAUUUAGUACUGAUUGUGACUGCUCAAGUAUAUUGAUCGCCCAGACAUGCACAGUUUGGCCAGAUAUUUUAUGUUCCUCAAUUGAAGGCACAACUCAUGUAUCCUCAUGCACUUGCUUAUGGUUUUGGCUUAGGAACGAUUUGAGCUUAUAGCUUCGGAAUAAAUGCAACCUUGUUGUUCUUGUUCAACACCUAUGGUUGCGGCUGAAGUAGAGCCAAACUCCUUGUGUUAAUCAUUCUAACCUGUUGUAGUUUGAGUAAUCUAGUAGGUUUCUUCUUAUUUCACUUUGAAUGGAUUCCUUGAAAAUAUACUUUUUGCAUUAUUAUCUCCUUUUGUAUGGAGAAAAUAAAUUGUUUACCAUAUUGGA